AAUAAGUGAAGCCAUGAAUCUAAGUGUAACUUUAUUAUAUGUUCUAUUUUGUCUCACCUCGAUUAAGGGUCUAUCUGAAAGUAAAUUUAUAGCAGCUAAAGCUGAAGCUCGCGCUGCUUGCUUAGCCAGCACUGGAGUCUCAGAAGAUUUGGUUAUGGAUAUUAAUAGAGACGGCAAGUUUGCUGAUGACGAGAAUUUGAAAUGCUACGUAAAAUGUGUUCACGAAUAUCUUGGAUUGAUGGCUGAAGAUGGUACUAUGGAUUAUGAAAAGCUUAUCGAGAACAUACCUGAAGAGUUUCGAAUCAAGUAUGCUUCUAGAAUUCGAGCCUGUGGAACUAUAUAUGGGUCGGAUGUAUGUGACACCGCCUGGUUAACCAUCAAAUGUUAUGGCGAAAAUAUUCCCAAGUUGCCCCAUCCGUAAAUAGAACAGGUUCAACCAAGUACAGUAUAUAUAUUACCAGUGAAAUAUAGAAUUAGAAGCAAUGCUGA